AUGGCGGCCACCACCACCACUUCAGUCAUCUCAGGCUACGAUCGACCAACGGAGCUCAAAGCUUUCGACCAAACAAAAACCGGCGUCAAAGGCCUCGUCGAUGCCGGAAUCCGACAAAUCCCUCGCAUCUUCAUCCAUCCACCGGAAACCUCCCCCAAAACCUCCACAAUUUUCGAGAUUCCAGUCGUAGACCUUGGAUCCACCGAUAAAGCAUCGACGGUGGAGAAGAUCCGCGCCGCAUCGGAGAAUCUAGGGUUUUUUCAAAUAGUGAAUCACGGGAUCCCUGUGACUGUUAUGGAGGAGAUGCUUCAAGGAGUUCGUAGAUUUCACGAACAAGAUGUGGAGGUGAAAAAAGAGUUUUACACAAGGGAUCUUUCGAGAACAGUAGUGUAUAAUAGCAACUUUGAUCUGUAUAGUUCCCCCGCCGCGAACUGGAGGGACACCGUCUUUUCCUUUAUGGCUCCGUCACCUCCGCCGCCUGAGGAAUUACCGGAGGUUUGCAGAGACAUACAAAUCGAGUAUUCAAAUCAAGUGAUGAAACUAGGCAGGUUGUUAUUCCAAUUGAUCUCAGAAGCCUUGGGGUUGAACGAUAAUCACCUCGGAGAUCUGGAUUUUGACAAAGGGCUUUCAAUCGCCGGCCAUUGUUAUCCUGCUUGUCCACAACCAGAUCUAACAAUGGGUACAACCAAACACACAGACGGUGGUUUUCUAACAGUGCUUCUACAAGAUGAAAUCGGGGGACUCCAAAUUCUCCAUCAAAAUCAAUGGAUUGAUGUUCCUCCAAUACCUGGUGCGCUUGUGAUCAAUAUCGGAGAUCUAUUACAGAUUUUAUCGAAUGAUAAAUUGAGAAGUGUGGAGCACAGAGUGGUGGCAAAUGAGAAAGGACCGAGAGUGUCGGUGGCGUGUUUCUUCGGAACCUCCUUAGCGCCGUCGAAAAAGGUGUUGGGACCAUUGCCGGAGCUGGUUUCCGAUGAGAACCCACCGAGGUACAGAGAAACCACCUUCCAUGAAUACGGGCAAUAUUCCUUCUCUAAGGCCCUUGAUGGCGUUCCUCGGUUGCUUCAUUGGAGGAUUUAG